ACUUGGAAACAACAGGAUUUGGUCUAUCUUGGGUUAGUUAUUAACAUCUUCGGCCCUACUGCCUGACAGAAAAAAACGUUCUGAUUGGCUCUUCGUCUUGACAGUCACAACGGAACUGUCCAAUCAGCUGUCUUCACACAGAGGCCGUGAUGAAUCGUAAAAUGAAUGCGAUAGCUAGCUAACGUUAGCUAUUUGACGAAAUUGUAUGACCGAAACAGCUUUCUUUUUUUUUGCCUAAUCGCUGUCAUUGUAAAGUCAAAAUAACGGGAGAUCACUUGGAGAAAAGGUAAUAAUAUGCUAAUACUGACUAACGUUAGCUACUGUAGCCCAGAGAGUAAUGUGUUUCUGGUUGUCCUGGGCGUGUUUUCAGAGGUUAUGCGUGGACAACAAUCAAUGCUACAGCAAGUGUAAAGAGGCUGAUUUGAUGUGCACGGCACUGGGAGAGGAGGCACCAUGAGUAGGGAGUUGGAUGCGCUGACUGUGGUGAACCAGCUACGAGAUCUCGCAGCUGACCCUCUCAACAGACGAGCCAUAGUACAGGACAACGGCUGCUUACCGGGGCUCAUCCUCUUUCUGGACCACCCCAACCCUCAGGUCGUCUACUCAGCAUUAUUGGCAGUGCGCUACCUGGCAGAAUGUCGGACCAACAGAGAGAAGAUGAAGGGAGAGCUGGGCAUGAUGCUGAGUCUGCAGAAUGUCAUGCAGAAGGGCAGCUCCCCAGGGGAGACCAAGCUGCUGGCGUCUGAAAUCUAUGAGAUUCUGCAGGCAGCUGGGAAUGAGGCAGAGCAGGCUGAGGCUUCCUCCUGCAGACGCAAGGCCCACUUCUUCCUGGGCUCCACCAACAAGAAGGCCAAGACUGUGGUGCUGCACAUUGACGGCCUGGAUGACUCGGCUCGUAGAAGUCUGUGUGAGGAGGCCCUGUUGAAGAUCCGGGGGGUGAUCAGCUUCACCUUCCAGAUGGCUGUGAAGAGAUGUGUGGUCAGGAUCCGCUCUGACAUCAAGGCUGAGGCACUGGGCACGGCGAUCAACUCCACCAAGGUGAUGAAGGCUGCACAGGUGGUGAAGGGAGAGGAUGGAGGAGAGCUGAUGCUUCCAUUCCAGGAGGGUGCAGAGGAGGCGGUGGUGGAGCACAACGAGGACAUCCCAGACUACCUCCCUGAGGAGGAAAGCCCGUCUCAGGAGCAGGACAAGGCCGUGACGCGCGUUGGCUCCAUCACAGAUGGCGUGGGCUGGCUCAGCACAGCCGCCAACUUCCUGUCCCGCUCCUUCUACUGGUGACCGCUUCCUGUGUCAGUCACAAUCCCAAGCCCACUAACCACCACCCGACGGUCACCUUAGCCCCGCCUAUUUCAUCCAGCCCUUCUACACUGCUCUCUAGUCCCUCUCAACAGCCACACAGAGUACCACUCUGCUCAGUGUACAAGGAGCGCUGGACUGCCAAGUGCAACCUGCAAUAACCUUUACUUGUUUAUAAAACAAAAUUAGCUAAGAAAAUGCUAGCUACUGUACCGCAGGCUGAACUCGCUGCACACUAAAUACACUCAAGUCAAUCUCUACUCGUUAUGCGUCUCAUAAGCCAUAGACAGAGGACUUCAGAAUCAGCUUACAUCUCUUUUCCUUUAGGGAAGUAGUUUUCUCUGACGCCCGAUGGGUCCAUCAUCUCUUUGAAACCAAAUUGCAUUGUGGGAAUGCAUUGUGCUGCAUCGUCUUUUGAGUUUGAACGAUUGCAUUGAAUGAUGCUGCGCUUGUGGAAAUUGGAGUGUUUUUGUGCUUAUCUGUUGCUUCUUUUCCUCAUCUUUGUUUUCAUACGGUUUUUUCACCCUUUUUCUGUUUGCCAAUUUGAUAAUCCCUAAUUCACUUUUCGUUCCCCUGCGGUGGGGGGCUUUUGUUUGUGCCAAUCUUGCUCGCUGCCUUGUUUUCAUCAUGUUUACGUCUCUAUCCUUCGUUAGGUGCCUUUUGGACUCUUCACUCUCAUGUACUGCUAUUUAUUUGUCCAGUUUAACUUCACUCGAAACCUCUGAAGCCUUGUGAAUAAUGCAAACUGGCUUCUCUGCGUUGGGAGCUAUUUCCCCUAACAGCUCAUGUCUCUCACAGAGAGAUGUCAUAUUAUUAGCGAGACAAAGAGACCCCGGUGAAGGACGGCUGAUGACAGGACAUUAGCUGCUCCAUAGAGGACGGAUGCAGAAAGAAAAGGGAAAUGAUGCUUACUGUUAUACUGUAGAAAGUGGACUUUAGUACACAUUACUUCACGUUAAAUCCUCCUAGGACUUGGGAGUCUCUUGGUUGUACAGUGGAGGUGAGUUCAGAUGGAUCAUUGCUUAUGUUGAAGUUGUGAUGCGGUGACUCGCAUCAAAUGUACUUCUUUAGCCUUUUCCCCUUCAUCAGUGUUUUCAUGUUGGAUUAUAUGGUCAUCUGUAGUCUGAAAGGUCUGAUUUAGAGUAGACAACCGGUCCUAAAUCGGUGUGAUGGAGACCUCAGGGCUUGAUAGCCACCUGCUAAAUGUGUGUCCCUCACCCUGAAGCCCAUCAACAUGUUCACUAUAGUGGCCCAGCCACUACAUGUUUUUUUACCCCCUUUAGCCAGCAGUGUCCUUAAAAUGACAUGCACAUACGGACACCAUUGCUGCUGUCAGAAGGACACUAGAGGUGUAAGCAGCAUCACUGGUCUGGAGAUGUACAUUUCAAAUCAGAUUUUGGUCACAUUAACACAUGUUUAGCAGAUGUUAUUGCGGGUGUAGUGAAAUGCUUGUGUUCCUAGCUCCAACAGUGCAGUAAUAUCUAACAAUUCACAACAAUACACACAUCUAAAAGUAAAAGAAUGGAAUUAAGAAAUAUAUAAAUAUUCGGACAAGCAAUGUUGGAGUGGCGUUGACUAAAACACAGUAAGAGUAGAAUACAGUAUAUAUGAAAUUAGUUAAACAGUAUGUAAACAUGUAUUAAAGUGACUAGUGUUCCAUUAUUAAAGUGACCAGUUAGUCAAUGUAUAUAGGGCAGCAGCCUCUAAGGUGCAGGGUUGAGUAACCGGGUGGUAGCCGGCUAGUGAUGGCUAUUUAACAGUCUGAUGGCCUUGAGAUAGAAGCUGUUUUUCAGUCUCUCGGUCCCAGCUUUGAUGCACCUGUACAGACCUCACCUUCUGGAUGAUAGCAGGGUGAACAGGCAGUGGCUCGGGUGGUUGUUGUCCUUGAUGAUCUUCUUGGCCUUCCUGUGACAUCGGGUGCUGUAGGUGUCUUGGAGGGCAGGCAGUGUUCCCCCAUUCAUGUGUUGGGCAGACUGCACCACCCUCUGGUAAAUGGUGCCUGGUUUCCUAGCAAUAUUAAUCAUAAUGUUAAUCUCAGUCCUUAUUUCAGGAAGAAAUCAUGUUUUUUUUUUCAACAGUUAUUCUUUGUCUCCAUUUUACUUUGUUGUUGAAAGAUGCAACACAUUUAAAAUGUAAAUAUUGCCCUUUUUGAAGAGGUUUUGACUGAAACAUUGAAGUUCGAUAUUAGGUUUGUGCAUAGAUUCCUCUUUGGAUUGACUUUUUAUUCCUUUUGAGGAACCCUUUCACACCUGUAAUCCUUUUCCAGGUGAAUUAUGGUCUCGUUGUGUAAAGGAAGUGCUGACCAGACAAUAGUUAUGCUUCUGGGGGCCAAACUCACAGCUCACACAGCUAGUAGGAUGGAUUGAUUUACUGCAGUGGGCUAAAUCAGGGUCACAGUGUUUCUUGGUAGUCUUAAACAGAUCUACUUUGAAAAGUAUACACCUCACACACAUGGUUAUGAGCUUAAAAAAAGGAGACACCUGAACCAUGUCAGAUAUAGUUGAAAUGUAUUACAUUUUGAGUUUGCAUCCUAAUAUUACACUUUUAUAUACGUCACAGAAGACUGAAAUAUAAUGAAAUAAUGUUUAUUAAUUAUGAAAAAUAUUAAUAACAUUCCACCCAUAAGGCCACUGGGGGGCGAUUUGGUUGUUUUACUGCAAGAAAGGCCUACAAUAACCUCAAUUGAUCUAAUAACGUAUAUCCACUCCAGUGAGUUUAUUCUCUAUCUGCAUCCCUCAGAAGCAGUGCUUACGAACAACAAGUCGUAGGAUGAAGUCAUCACUUCUAUUUAAUCCUUUGUCUUCCUUUUUUUGUUCAACAUGAACAGCAUCAGUCAUGACUUAAGUUGCAACAUGUAAAGUACAUUUUAUUAUAAGUUGUACUAGUACUGUAUAUCAAAUACUUGGAAAAGUUUUUUUUGUCUCGGUUUAAAUCUCUUAUGUCAAAUCAAAUGUUAAUUUGUGCCGAAUACAACAGGUGUAGACUUUACCGUGAAAUGCUUACCCCUUAACCAACAACGCAGAGUUAAAUAAGGAAAUAAACACAUGAAAUACAACCUAUCGUUUAAUAGUCACUCCAUCAGGAUGGCUGACUGAAUCAUGUAGCAAGUCCUCAGAAUAGCAGACACUUCUCAUGUACAGUGUGUAUCUGCUGUCUAAUGUAUUUCAGAUCUGAAAACGGUUGAUUCCCAAUUUACGAUUAAGGCAAAGAAUAUUAAAAAUAACUUUAAAAUGUAAA